AUGGUCAAAGUAGCUGUUGCUGGUGGCACUGGAAAUGUCGCAACCAACGUCCUCCAUACCGCCAUCCAAUCCGGCAAACAUUCCUUCACGAUCUUCACGCGCGGCGCUCCUCCAAAAGAAGCGACGCCCGGAGUAGAGUACAAAACCGUGGACUACCAUGACCGCGCCUCGCUCACAGAAGCUCUUCGUGGCUUCAACGUCUGUCUAAGCUUCGUGAUCGUGCAUCUCGACAAAGACUGCACAGCGCAGAAGAAUCUUAUCCACGCGUGCAUCGACGCCGGCGUGAAAAGAUUCGCGCCAAGCGAGUGGGCGAUCAGGAACGGAAGUGGAGUCGCGCACUACGAGAACAAGGACAAGAUCGCAGAAUAUCUCGCUGAGCUGAAUAAGGAGAAGAAGGUCCUCGAAUACUGCCUCUUCCAGCCCAGCAUCUUGAUGGACUACUUCGCGCAUCCCUAUUCGCAAACCCCCUCGCUCUUCACCUGGCCCUUCUUCGUCGACUUCGAAAGCCGGCACGCCAUCGUCCUCGACGACGGCAACCAGCCCCUCGUCCUUACAGCCGCAGCCGACAUCUCCAACGUCUUCGCUCUCGCGCUCGAUGACGAUCGGCGGUGGCCAGUAGAAGGCGGCAUGCAGGGCGAUCGCACAACCAUCAUCGAGCUAAUUGCGCUCGGCAAGAGACUCCGCGGCGGCGACUGGACGAUCGAGCACGUCAAGAGCGAGGAUAUUGAGAACUGGGAGCUCAAGACGAAGUGGGUGCCGCAGAUGACGCAUCCGGUUAUUCCGCUGGCGGAGCGGGAGAAGUUUAGUAAGGAGUUUGUUUGUAUGUUUUUUAUGGGGGUGCAGAGGGGUGCGUGGGAUGUGGGCGGGGAGUGGAAUAAGCGGUUUCCGGAGUAUAAUUUCACGGGGUUGGAGGAGUAUAUGCGGAGGGCGUGGGAGGGGAAAGAUUGA